GAGUCAUAGAGAAAGCAGGCAGAGAGGAAAAAGGGGAGAGUGAGGGUAAUGCAGCAGAGAGGAAGAGCGAACAACCGUAGAUCCAGGAGUUUCACAAGGUCUCGUCUCGCUAUUGAAGGAAGUUAAGCCAACGCUUGUUUUUCAUUUUUCUUCUCUCUGCAACCCAACCAAACCAUUUUUCGUCAUGGCUUCAGAAUCGGAUGAGCGUUCCGUUCAGAAAUCUUAUUGGAUUCAGCAUUCCGCUGAUCUGUCCGUCGAGGCAAUGAUGCUCGAUUCCAAAGCCGCUGAUCUCGACAAGGAAGAGAGACCUGAGGUGCUUUCCCUAUUACCAGCAUAUGAAGGAAAAUCGGUUAUUGAGCUUGGAGCAGGUAUUGGAAGAUUUACUGGUGAAUUGGCUGAGAAAGCUGGUCAGUUGCUUGCUGUAGACUUCAUUGAGAGUGCAAUCAAGAAGAAUGAAAGCAUCAAUGGACACCACAAGAAUGUCAAAUUUUUGUGUGCAGAUGUUACAUCUCCAAACUUGCAUAUUUCUGAAGGAUCAAUUGAUGUGAUUUUCUCAAAUUGGUUACUUAUGUAUCUUUCAGAUAACGAGGUUGAGAAUUUAGCUGAAAGGAUGAUGAAAUGGUUGAAAGAUGGUGGAUAUAUAUUCUUCAGAGAAUCUUGUUUCCACCAAUCUGGAGAUUCCAAGAGAAAAUACAACCCUACACACUACCGAGAACCCAGAUUUUACACCAAGGUAUUUAAAGAGUCCAAUAUGAGUGAUGAUACUGCGAACUCCUUUGAACUUUCUCUUGUGGGCUGUAAAUGCAUUGGAGCUUAUGUCCGAAAUAAGAAGAAUCAAAACCAAAUUUGCUGGAUAUGGCAGAAGGUUAGGUCACAAGAUGAUAGGGGUUUCCAGAAGUUCUUAGAUAGAGUUGAAUAUAGCCAUAAGAGUAUUUUACGAUAUGAGGGGAUUUAUGGCCCAGGCUUUGUGAGCACUGGUGGACUUGAAACGACAAAGGAAUUUGUGGCAAAGCUGGGACUACAGCCUGGUCAGAAAGUUCUUGAUGUUGGUUGUGGUGUUGGGGGAGGUGACUUCUACAUGGCUAAAAAUUUUGAUGUUGAGGUCGUUGGCAUUGACCUCUCCAUAAAUAUGAUUUCUCUUGCUAUUGAACGUGCUAUUGGACUGAAAUAUGCUGUUGAAUUUGCUUGUGAGGAUUGCUGUAAAAAAACAUAUCCUGAGAAUACAUUUGAUGUGAUCUACAGUCGUGAUGCCAUGUUACACAUCAAAGAUAAACCAACAUUAUUUAGAUCAUUUUACAAGUGGUUGAAGCCUGGAGGCAAGCUUCUAAUUACAGAUUACUGCAAAAGUGCUGGAAGUCCAUCUUCAGAAUUUGCUGAGUACAUAAAAAAAGGAGGAUAUUAUAUACAUGACACGAAAGCGUAUAGGCAGAUGCUCGAGGAUGCUGGAUUUGAUGAUGUCAUUGCUGAGGAUCGAACAGAUCAGUUCGUUAAAACACUACAGCGGGAGUUAAGUGCCCUUGAGAACAAGAAGGACGAUUUUAUUGAUGACUUCGGCGAGGAAGAUUACAAUGAAAUUGUCGAAAGAUGGAUAGCAAAGAAGAGAAGGGGUGUGUCUAGAGAGCAAAUGUGGGGCUUGUUCGUGGCCAGUAAAAAAUGACAUGCUUUAUUGUUAUCAUAUAUGCCUUCCGCUAGCUAUAUUUUGUCCCGUGUGACCGGACUUUGCCAUUUAAUUGUUUGAAUAAUUAUCUAUUUAUUUAUGUUGGAUUAAAAUUUAUCGCUUUCAAAUAGGAUGAUAUCUCAGGAGAAUGCUCUUCGAUUGUAGCUUCUUAACUUGGCAUUGUAUUAU